GCGUCAACCAUUGAUGACAGAAUGUACUGAAGCCCACAGACCCCGACUACUUCAACACGGCAAUUUCCUGUCUCAUAGGAAGAAUACUUCCAGUUGCAACGUGUACUAAUGAUUACUCCGUAGUUCCUCAUACACUGCAUCUUUGUCAUCUUCCGUUCUUGAUUAUCCUACUGAGUACGGCCGACGUUAUCAUGCCUUCCGAUCUGGCGCCUACGUAUUCCCGAAUGAUGAGACUGAAAUGGAUAGACUUGAUGUGGUUCACACAUUACUCGUCAAGACCAUUGGAAACCGACUCUUCCUUGCCCCUAUUGAUGAGCACAAGACUCAUCGGAUCCUGGAUGUAGGCACUGGAACUGGAAUCUGGGCUAUGGAAAUGGGUGAUCUAUUCCCAAAUGCAGAGAUCCUGGGAAAUGAUCUGAGCGCUAUUCAGCCAGCGUGGGUUCCACCUAACGUCAAGUUCGAGAUCGACGACGUCGAAAGCGAAUGGAUUGGAGAGGACAAGUACGACUUCAUUUUCAGUCGUUACAUGGCUGGCGCCUUGGCAGAUUGGCCAACAUAUGUCAGACGAGUCUAUGAGAACUUGAACCCUGGUGGCUGGGCCGAAUUCCAGGACUGGGAUUACAUGCUUUAUUCGGAUGAUGGAACGACCGAAGGCACCGAACUCCUUCGCUGGAUGGGCUACUUCAUGGAAGCUUGCGAGGUCCUGGGCCGUGACGGACAGGUCGGGCCGAAGUUGGAGACGCUGGUGAGGGAGAAUACCGGCCUGAUAAACAUCGUCCACAAGCCUUUCAAGAUUCCCGCUGGACCUUGGGCGAAGGACCCUCACCUGAAGGACAUCGGCAUGUGUAAUCUCAUUCAGAUGCUGGAUGGCCUGGAAGCCUUCACCUUGAGACUCCUCUGUGGCGUCCUCGGCUGGACUAAGGAGGAGGUUCUGGUAUUGCUGACAGGGGUGCGCACCGAGCUUAGAACUGGAAAGGCUCAUGCUUGGCUGCACUAUAAUGUUGUGUACGGCCAAAAGCCAGAAACAGAGGAGGAAUAGAUGUAAUACAACACGCAUGGCGAGCACUUGAAGUAUACUUAAGGUAGCUGAUGAUUUAUGUAAAUGAAAAUUGAAUGGACUACAAAU